ACCCAUUCAUACGAAUUUGUGUAAAUUGUGAGACAAGUGUGUAUAUAUAUUUUUUGGUUUGCCGCAACCAUGAGUGUUUCGGAAUUCUCCGAAGAGUCGGACUUGUCCUUUCCCGACGAGGAGGAUGAGGGACCAAACAUAGGCCUCUACAUAGGCGGUCGAAAUGCCGCCAGUCAGCGUCACGGACGUGGUUGGGCGAUUUUGCCGAAUGGAGAUCAGUACGAUGGCAAUUACCGGAAGGGUCGUCGCCAUGGCAUUGGCCUUUAUGUGUUCAAAGGUGGAGCCCGCUACUAUGGGCAGUAUCGGUGCGGAAAGCGCUGCGGACGUGGCAUCUUUAUAUAUCCCGACGGCUCCGUAUACGAGGGGAACUGGCGCAAGCAUCUGAAGCAUGGAAAGGGACGCUAUAACUAUGUAAAUGGGGAUACCUAUUCGGGGGACUGGUACAAGGGCAUGCGCCAUGGAGUCGGCAUUUAUAGUUUCAACACAAACAUCGACAACUGCUGUCUGACGGUGCGCCUCAAGUCCACAUGGAACUCGAAUGUGCGCAUGGGCCCCUUCGAGCUGUAUAUUGGAAAUGAUGAUAAGUGCAUCAUACUUCACGGCAUUUGGGACACACUCUUCCCUGUUGGCCCGGCCGUCUUCAGUUUUGACAAUCGCUAUCUACUCCUCGGCUACUUCCUCUCGCCAAAUCAAAAUAUUAGCGCUGUGCGUGCCGCCGAGGAGUUUGGCGAGGAGCUUCAAGCCGAGGGCGAGGACGAAGAAGGUAAUAUAUUGCCGUUGCAGCCGACUCUUUGGUUCGCCCAAGAAAUUGCCGUUUACGACUAUUCGCUGCUGCCACAAGAGCCGGUGCCGCUUCCCAUAUCCGACUCGGAGCUCUCAGUGUGCUCGUUGUCUACUGUGCCGAGCAUCCGCAGCGAGGAGAGGAUCUCAUACUACGGCGAAGGCGAGGAAGUGGAAGGCGAGGAGGGCGAAAUGGAGUGUUUCCCGUGCGAGUGCGAGUACAGUCUCAGCGAAGUUGAGUCAGACAGCGAACCAUGCAAGAUCGAUGCCAGUCCUUGCGCCAUCGAAAUUCUUAAACAGCCUGAAUGUCCGGAGACUUAAGCUCCUAUAUAACGGAAACAUGUUUUUUUUACAGAAGCAUGCAAGAGUUUGUUACGAUUUCCGGUUUUUAAAAUAAUAAUAUUUAGUUCUGUCAAAUUAAUACAAUCUGCGCCUAAAAACCAACAAAAAUAAAACAUUUCCACGCAA